CACAUUUCCUUUCAAGAUGGCGGAUACUCUCCCUUCGGAGUUUGAUGUGAUCGUAAUAGGGACGGGUUUGCCUGAAUCCAUCAUUGCAGCUGCAUGUUCAAGAAGUGGCCAGAGGGUUCUGCAUGUUGAUUCAAGAAGCUACUAUGGAGGAAACUGGGCCAGUUUUAGCUUUUCAGGAAUACUGUCCUGGCUAAAGGAAUACCAGGAAAAUAGUGACGUUGUGAAUGAAAGCCCAGCAUGGCAAGAGCAGAUUCUUGAAAAUGAAGAAGCCAUUGUUCUUAGCAGGAAGGACAAAACCAUUCAACAUGUGGAAGUGUUUUGUUAUGCCAGUCAGGAUUUACAUGAAGAUGUUGAAGAAGCUGGUGCACUGCAGAAAAAUCAUGCUUCUGUGAUAUCUGGAAGCCCCACAGAAGCAGCACAUUCCGCCUAUCUGCCUUCAGAAGAUGAGUCAUUAUGCACUGUGAGCUGUGAAAUGCCCACAGAACAAACUCCAAGCAGUGAUCUAGAGCCUGCCCUAGAAAUAAACGAUGUGGAAGUAACAGGGGAAAAAGAAAAACGUUAUGACGAUAAAACUUGUGUGAAGUCAGCUUCAGAAGAAGAAACAAGUGAAAAUGUGCCUACAGCAGAAGACACUGCAUUGCCACCAAAGAAAAAUAGGAUUACUUACUCACAAAUUAUUAAAGAAGGCAGGAGAUUUAAUAUUGAUUUGGUAUCAAAACUGCUGUAUUCUCGAGGAUUGCUAAUUGAUCUUUUAAUCAAAUCUAAUGUAAGUCGAUAUGCAGAGUUCAAAAAUAUUACCAGGAUUCUUGUAUUUCGAGAAGGAAGAGUGGAACAGGUUCCUUGUUCUAGAGCAGAUGUCUUUAAUAGCAAACAACUUACUAUGGUAGAAAAGCGAAUGCUAAUGAAGUUUCUUACAUUUUGUAUGGAGUAUGAAAAACAUCCUGAUGAAUAUAAAGCCUAUGAGGAGAUUACAUUUUCUGAGUAUUUAAAAACUCAAAAAUUAACCCCCAACCUCCGGUACUUUGUCCUUCAUUCAAUUGCAAUGACAUCAGAGACAGCCUGCAAUACCGUAGAUGGUCUCAAAGCUACCAAAAACUUUCUUCGCUGUCUUGGGCGGUAUGGCAACACUCCAUUUUUGUUUCCUUUAUAUGGCCAAGGAGAACUUCCUCAAUGUUUCUGCAGGAUGUGUGCAGUGUUUGGUGGAAUCUAUUGUCUUCGCCAUUCAGUACAGUGCCUUGUUGUGGACAAAGAAUCCAGAAAAUGUAAAGCAAUCAUAGAUCAGUUUGGUCAGAGAAUAAUCUCUAAGCAUUUCCUUGUGGAGGACAGUUACUUUUCUGAGAACACAUGCUCACAUGUACAAUACCGGCAGAUCUCCAGGUCAGUCCUGAUUACAGAUAGAUCUGUACUAAAAAUGGAUUCAGAUCAACAGAUUUCCAUUUUGACAGUGCCAGGAGAGGAACCAGGAACUUUUGCUGUUCGAGUCAUUGAGUUGUGUCCUUCAACAAUGACAUGCAUGAAAGGCACAUAUCUGGUUCAUUUGACUUGUACAUCUUCUAAAACAGCAAGAGAAGAUUUAGAACCAGUUGUGCAGAAAUUGUUUACUCCAUAUACUGAAACGGAGAUAGAAAAUGAAGAAGUUGAAAAACCAAGACUUCUGUGGGCUCUUUACUUCAAUAUGAGAGAUUCUUCAGAUGUCAGCAGGAACUCUUAUAAUGAUUUACCUUCCAACGUUUAUGUCUGCUCUGGUCCAGACUGUGGUUUAGGAAAUGAUAAUGCAGUCAAACAGGCUGAAACACUUUUCCAGCUAAUCUGCCCCAAUGAAGACUUCUGUCCACCCCCACCAAAUCCUGAAGACAUUAUCAUUGAUGGGGACAGUUUACAAUCAGAGACUUCUGAAUUCAGUGUCAUACCAGAAGCUAACUCAGAGACUCCCAAGGAAAGCACAAGCCUGGGAAACCCAGAGGAGGCCUCUCAGUAAUGGAUAUAUGCCAAACUGAAUAUCCCACUUUGGAAAUCCCUCCUGGCCUCAGUCUUCUUCAUGGAAGAACUGUUUGAAAAAUGUUAGAAAACAGCAGCCAGUUGACAUAAUUACCGAGAGAAGCAGGUCAUAGAAAUCCAAAAGGGGAUUUUCCUUAAAGAGGACAUUGUAAGAACACAAAACACUUAUAAAGCACAUUGGCUUGCUUGCUUUAAGUUACCAAACCUGUAGAAUUAGCAGAUAAAUAUAAAUGGAUGGGUUCCCAGGAGUAUAGUAGCUAUGGAUAUGAAAGUGUACCUAUGCAUUGUUAAUAAUUCUGUCAUAUUCAGAAAGCUUUUGCUUACCACUUUGGAUCUUUGUUUGAAAGCCACAUCUUCAGAAUCAGAUCACAUAUUCCCUUUGAUUAUUUUAAUUCUAUUUUCUUCAUGGGUAUGGGCAUGAUGACACCAAUGAUAAAAGCACAUGUAAAUGUAGUUGAGGAAAGCUAAAGUAUCAUGAUCGAGGCAGGAGCCUGUGUUUGGAAUAGAGGUUUGGUUUGUUUUCUAUCUUGAGAACUCUUAAAAAUGCCAAUAUUAAAGUAUACAUUUUUACAAAUAAACCAUGAAUCCAUUACUCAACAUUUUUUGUUAGUAGUGAUAUUUGUAUGUGAAUCAUUUACGCACUAGGAAAGCUUAUAGGACUGAAGAAAUGGAAGGAAAGAUUUGGAUAUGCUCAUCAGUAUGUGGAAAUCUGUCUGGUCAGGUAACUAAAGCCUAAUUGUGUAUGGACCCAAUUUAGUUCUAGCUAUACUAUUGAUGAUAUUAGACAAAUUCUUUAACUUAAUAGGCCUCACUUUCUCCAUAUGUAAGGUAGAAAGAGUAACAUGUUGCCUACUGUAGGAGAAUAAUUUUGAAGAUAAAUGCAGUUCAAUCCUUAGAAUGGUAGUUCUGGGGGGAAAAAAAGUUGUUUUCCCCUUGACUUGGAGGUGAAUAUCAAAAAUCUGUUGCAGCAAAUAAUUGUUUGCUGUCAACUCCCCCCAACACAAUAGAGCACAGUGUUUUUAUUGCAACUAAGCCAAAAAAAAAAAAAAUCUGUUUCCUAAAUGAGUAUUUUAUAGUCUUGUAGACCAGUAAGCAUAGUAACAUGGAAUUGUGGUUUUGAAUGUUAGUAAGGAAAGCACUCUAAAUUCUUCAUAUUCCUCUUCUGCUAGGUAAACCUGAACCACUAAGGACUCUGAAUACAGUAUGACCAUUAGUAAACCUUAAUAUACACUUAACAUAAAAAUGUUGGGGCUAUACGUAGCCAGCAAAUCUAGUUACAGUGACAGUGACUGUUAAAAUUUUUCCGGAUGCCAAGUUCUGAUGGUUUGCUCUAUUUGAGCAAUACUUUGGAUUUAUUUCAAUAAUUAAAUAUAUAAAAAGUUUAUUGUGCAUUCUGGCCUACAUUACCAAUGAGAGAGCCAUUGCUACAGUAGAAAGCACAUAGUUGCUGUGAGGCUAUGACCUCUCCAGAUUUCAGAGAUCUUAAAGGAGGCUAGUUCUGUCAGGUCACAGAUUCAUAGAAAAUGGAAAGAAACAAGGAAUGUAGCUCUUGCCUCACCUUUCCAAUCCCCUGUGGAUAUAGCUGAAUCCAGAUGGAAGGAAAACCUUCCCAGCCUCUCAGGCUGCUCCUAACUCCUCUGCCAUUGUACACCCCAUCUCCUAUCUCUUUGGCCCUCUCCCUCUCUUCCCGUUUUAUAAUGUCCUACAAAUUAGGGAUAGCAGAAUCACAUUAUAAUCCAUUUUGCUAUAUAGAUUCAGAUCUUAAGUCAAAUCAUGUUUCCUGAAACCCAACUAUGCCAUGUGCUAAAUGCACAAUACCUACCUUGAAGCACCAGGUAUUUUCCCUGCCCCUCAAUACAAGCAAUAUACAAGGUUCCACUAUAUGAAAGUAUUGAGUCUGAAUACAAUUGCAGUAAGUUGCACCAAUUAAGAUAUUGUACUUUGUUAUAGUCUAAGAGUUAAGGCCUUUUGAAUGCAGCAUACACAUUUAUGAAAGCAACCAAUCAGGGUAGGCCAGAAUAAUAACUAGAAAGACUAUGAUAGCUUUACUGCAGCUAUCUAUAUGUAGACAAGGAAGGAGAUGCUCUGUGGUCUCAUGGCCCAACCCAUAUUGUACCUUAUUUUAUCCAUUAGCCAGCAUCAUAAUCUCUCUUCCGGGUUAUUUAUUAAAUACUAUUUAAGUGUUUAAAAGCUCCUGAAUAUGAUUAAUGGUGAUUAAAAUAUUACACAACUGUUAAAAACAUUGUGGUAGAGAACUUUAGAUAUUUCUUGUUGCCUCAGAAUAUAAUAGAAAUUAUUCUAAGAGCUUUCUUUUCAGCUAUCUUAAUUACUGCAAAUAAAUCUUUUUUCAUAGUUUUAAGCCAAAAAAGGAAAAACCUUUUGGUUUUGUUGUAAAACCAUAAGCCUGAAGUUAUAUGAAUAAAGUUAAUAUGUUAUAUGUGAUACAGAAAUCUCAGUAGCUAAUUUAAAAUUUUGAAUAUUGUCAUCAAAGAAUCUUGAUUCAUAUGUUUAAAAUGUUUAGUUAUACAUGCUGCUUAUUAACCAAAAAUGAUAACAUUCAGUUUAGUGAUCUACAUGAAAACCAGUUACCCUGUGUUGCUACUGUGUCUUUAUCUAGUUGGCAUGCCUGCCCAGAAAAGCAAAUAGGUAGGUAGGUAGAUAUUAUAAAUGUAGGCAUUUUUCUAUAGAAAAACUGAGUUAAAAUUUUCCCCAUCUCUGAUGAUAUUUAGUUACCCAUAGUAAAAUGGCCAUGUUAAUGGUUAACUUCUAGAAUGGUAGUUUCUGAGAUUAGCAGCCUUUUAUUUAAAAUAAUGACCAUGGUAAUGAUUAUAACUUCUGUCAUACCUAUAGUUCCCCAAAAGGCAGCCCUUUGUCUAAAGUCCCAAAGACCUCAAAAAAUGUUGUUGAAAUUUGAUCAGUAAGUAGUAUUGAUGCUUUAAAGCAGGAAUUAAAUAUUUUCUUAUAUUUAUAAGUCAUUUACUGCAUUGAUAUUGAAUAAUUUAUCUCUAGGUUAAUUUUCUUAUAUGCACUUCAAAGGCAUAAGUAUGAUUAUUCAUAAUUUUCACACUGUAGCAGUAAGUUUUCAGAAGAAAUAAAAGUGAUGCCUUUCAAGUGUGGUUUCCUAUUUUUUACUAUUAAAACUUUGCAUAUAUACCAAGAAAUUAAAGAUUGUCUUGGAACUGAUUUGUUGAUAUCAGUCUAUUAUUUAAACAAUUGUCCAGCUGUAUACUUGGUUUUGUUUCUAAGCACUUGUCAACUUUGUCAGGUUUGUGAGAAAGGCAAAAUCAAAUGAUACCUGGGUUGAUUUACUUAGCAAAUUGUUCUAGAAGCCAGCAUCAGAUCUCAUUCUGUUUGAAAUUGGUGCUUGAGGCAUGGGCUAUGGCUUUAUAGUACAUUGCCUACAAACUGUUUUCACAUCUCACUUAGUAUAUGAGAAUAUGAAAUGUUUUUCAUAUUUGUUGAAUGAGAACCUGAAAUGUUUUUCUCUGUGGUGGUUGAGUCCACAACAAUUUACUUGAAAUAAAUAAGAGACUGCUGGUGUUCCUCGU